CGUUAAACACGAGUCGACAAGAAAAAAGAAAGUUCCUUCCUCUUUGGGUUCCAUUUCUCCGUGUGACUACACUCAGCUUCAGGCAAGAGCUCUGUUCUGUCUUAGUCUCCUUCUCAUCUCAUCUCGUGCUUGUGUGUUUGUGUGUGUUUUUGAGUUUGACUCGAGACGACCAACCAGAAAACGACGCAAUGGCGGCCAGGGCUCAAUCCACAACGCCCGUUCGCAAAGUUCCUAUCCAUUUGCAGAGCGCCCAGAAUAGACUUUUGAUUAAGAACGGCAAAGUCGUCAAUGGUGAUGGCAUCCAAGAUGCAGAUGUUUAUAUCGAGGAGGGUAUCAUUAAGCAAGUUGGAAACAAUUUAAUUGUUCCUGGCGGAAGUAGACUGAUUGAUGCCAGGGGAAAGUAUGUCAUUCCAGGAGGCAUUGACACCCACACACAUCUCCAGUUACCCUUUAUGGGAACGACGACGGCAGACGAUUUUUACACUGGCACGCGAGCUGCCCUGGCUGGAGGAACCACCACCAUAAUUGACUUUGUAAUCCCAAGCAAGGGACAAUCGCUGAUCGAAGCCUACAAGCAAUGGCGUGAGCGGGCCGACGAAAAAGUAGCCUGUGACUAUGCAUUGCACGUGGCAGUCACCUGGUGGUCACCGGAAGUGCAACAAGAGAUGGAAGAGCUUUGCCGAGAUCAUGGCAUUAACUCCUUUAAAAUGUUUAUGGCCUACAAAGAUCUGUGGCAGUUAGACGAUACAGAGUUAUUUGAAGCCUUCGAGAGAUGCAAGCAAUUAGGAGCCGUUGCGCAGGUGCAUGCCGAAAACGGCGAUAUCAUCAAAGAGAAUUGCAAGAAAUUAUUGGCCGCUGGUGUCACUGGACCCGAGGGUCAUGAAAUGUCUCGACCGGAAGAAGUGGAAGCCGAAGCUGUAAACCGCGCCUGCGUUUUAGCCAACCAGGUGAACUGUCCUCUAUACAUCGUGAAAAUGACCGGCGCGGGUAGUGCCCGCUUGCUGGCAGACAAGCGAGGCCAAGGGCUGAUCGUCUACGGCGAAGUGACGGCUGCUGCUUUAGCGACGGCGGCUCAAUGCGACAUGGGCUCGUGGAGUCACGGGGCAGCCUAUUUAACCAGCCCACCGCUCCGUCCCGACCCUGAAACUCCCCAAAUAUUAAUGGAUUUACUUUCAAGUGAUGAUUUGCAAUUGACUGGAACGGACCACUGCACUUUCUCGUCUGCUCAAAAGGAAAUGGGCAAAGGUGAUUUUACUAAGAUUCCAAAUGGCGUUAACGGCGUUGAAGAAAGGAUGUCGCUGAUCUGGGAGAAGGGCGUCGUUUCCGGCAAAAUGGACCCAACUCGCUUCGUGGCAGUCACAUCGAUGAAUGCGGCAAAGAUUUUUAACAUGUACCCUAAAAAGGGAUGCAUUGCAGUUGGAUCAGAUGCUGAUAUCGUCAUUUGGGAUCCAAAACUGGAGCAUACCAUAUCGGCAGCAACUCAUCACUCGGCUGUGGAUUUCAACAUUUUUGAGGGAAUAACCUGCCGAGGUGGGCCUGAAUACGUGAUUGCCAAUGGUCGUGUGACUGUUGACGAGGGCCAGGUGAAGGCUGUUCAAGGUUACGGAUCUUUCAUUCCUACUUCACCAUUCGCGCCAUUUGUUUAUGAGGCUGUCACUGAGCGUGAAAAGGUUCACCAGUUGAUCAAAGUGGAACGGGAAGGCCGUAUUGUAGCCGUGCGUAACACUAUGGUUCCCGUCGUCCCACAAGCUACUAGCAACGGCGAGGCCUUAGAACUCAACUUGUCAUCGGUCAACGGUGGAGAAGAGGUUGUCGCUGCAGCCGAUCACCAUUUCGCUUCUCAUCAGCAUUUCACUCGUCCGCCGACUAGCUCCGGCGGCCGAAAUAUGCAGGACACCACCUUCUCUCUCAGCUCUGAAUAUCCAAAUCCGGCGGACGAAUCGGACAACAAACGCUCGACAAUUAGAGUCAAAGCACCACCGGGGGCCAUUCUACCGGCCUGUGGUAGUCGCUCUAAUACACGAUAACUUCACAGCCAUACAGGUAUGGCUGACGUGGAAGAAGAAGCAAAGGGCAAAAAAAAUUCGAUCCAAGUAAAAAACCCGCCAGGCGGCAAGUCUUCAGGACCUUUUUGGUAGAUAAUCUCUAGUGGAAUUUUACAUGCAGCUUCGACCGAUUAUGAUUCCCUUUUAAGCAUUUAAUCAAUUCUAAGGGUUUUUUUUUUUCUUUUGUUUUAUUACCUUUACCUUUUUUUUCUUUGUUUUCUAUAUAUAUUUUUUCUUUUACCGUUGUCAUCUGCCUGUUUCCCAAUACUCUCAGACCUUCGUUAACUUACAUCACUUGCAUUGUACGGCUGUUUUGUUCGAUCCAUGUUGAUCUUUUAUGGAAUAUGAACCCUAUUGAAAGCUGAAUUUGCUUGUUUUCUAGUAUUUCAUGGUAACCUACGUGAACCGCACAAGACGUGUUUUUUUUUCUUUUCUUUUCUAUGCCUACUCUGUUAGCCUAGAGGCCUAUUGUUCACUGAAUCGUGGUCUGAUUUUCUUUGCGCGGUAACCUUUUUUGCGUGUGCUACACCCUAAAAAAAAGAUAACACAAGCAACGUCGUUCAGGAUUUCACCCUUUCUCGAAUCUAUCUCCUCUUUUUUGUGUAUGAGCACGUUUUGCUAAGUUUCGUUGAAUAAAAAAGUAAUUGGUUGUA